AUGUCUAUGAGUGUGAUAGCAUUCCCGAGAAACUUUGAUCUAUUCAUGGAUGUGCUAGCGUAUCCCUCACUAGACGAUGCAAGGCAAGAUGUGGACGUGGCCUACUUGGAUUCAUGGCAGGACACACCCUUUUUCCAAGGACCAUAUCAAAAACGAUGGGCAAAUCAAGUGAGAUUCGGGAAACGAGCAAGCAGUUGGGCUUCGUCCGUUCGGUUCGGCUAA